AUGCCUGACUCCGCUCCCGCUCCCGCUCCCCCCUCCUCCACCUCGCCGGAGGAGGACCAGCCACCAGCCACCAAAACUCCUCCGGCCACCCUUUCGCCGGAGACAACUCUAGCCACCAGUCCUCUCGACGAACUCCUUCCCAUAGUAGCUCCUCCACCGUCGCCAUUUUUCGACCCACCGUACGUAAAAGCCGGUCAGGUUGCGCUCCGUUGCUUCCUGGGAUGUGGCAAUGCCAUGGGCUUGGAGUUUGAGGAUGAUGCCUCCUACUACCUUCGCCUCAACAUCACCACCCCCGCCAUACACCUCGCCUCACCGCUCUACAUCAUCUUUCACUACUCCAACCGCCGCCUUGAUGCCACUAUCAUUGCUGCCCUGCUCCAGUCUGUUCUUGGCGGUGCUGCCGCUGACUUCUUCGUUGCCCAAUGCUCUCCCCUCGUCUAUCGUUUUCAUGUGGCUUCUGCGCUUAUCGCAGAGAUCAUCCUCGCACAAUCCACACUUCGCUUCCGUGCUUACUCUUUAUCUUUCUUGAGAACUCUCCCUCCGAUCAUACCUUCUCCUCCCAACACUGCCACAUGCAUGACGUUGGCUCACUUGCUCCAAAUUCCAGAGGAUCUGGGUCUUCACUUCGAAAGUGUUGCUUGGACACAAUGUCGAUCGCUUGUCUCCCAGUGUCCACCCAACCAACCGCAUGGAUGUCGCAUGUAUGUGCGCGUCAUUCAGUUCCCUUUCACCCUUGAUGCAAUCACGAUGAGUCUCAUCCUAGUUUUCCUUUUCGGCGGCACCCACCACCAAUUCAAUGUCACGGAUGACGGAGAUUCCUGCUUUUUCUUCACGGUGGCCUCGCCUGCCGUUGCCGCACUCAUUGCCUCCAUGGGCGACUUUCAUAAGCUGGGCAUCCUUCUCCGCUUCCCUUGGCCUAUGCCUACGGGGCGUGUUUCAUGCUCACCACCGAAGACGGCCAUGCCGUCGUCUAACGGGCCUAAGUCAUCCUCGCCGUCGGCAGACGAUCCUGCUCUACUACCACCUGCGUCCACAAGUAUUGUUCUCUCGAAGGAGCGUCGUCAACGGCCAGGUAUAAGCUUUUUAUACCACCUGGACACCCAUGAGUGCAACAUCCGCAAGGCGCGCCGCAAGACAGAGCGCGAUCAGUUCGCCUCCAAGGACAAGCUGCGGCAGAGCGCGCGGUUGGCUGGAAAGCAAGCCUCCUACUUCCCCAUGCUGGCCAAAGCCGUCAAGGCCAAGGUCGCUCGCCUCUCCGCUGUGGAUGUAGACACGGCCAUUGGCCGUGCUAUCCAAGAGGCACGCCUUCAUGAGACCGACGCCCCUCCUGCCUCCGCCGAAGACCUUGCUGCCAUUGCUCUGCUCUGGGCGCGGACGACGAGCAGCUGGAUGCCAUCCUUGGCUCCGAGGAUGCUGCCCCUGGUGACGACGACGCCCCAUGAUCAGCCGUCCUCACCACCCUAG